AUGCCCGACAAACCUCUGACUAUAGCCACGUACGCCGCCGGGGCCUCUCUGGCCGCCAUCACCCUCGUCUACGUCUUUGGUCCGACCUUUCUGUUCGACGAUGAUUCCGCCAGUUCCGCCACCCGCAAGAAGGGCGUCGUCGGCCUCAGCAACCCCGCCAACGAUUGCUUCAUAAACUCGGUGCUCCAGGCCCUGGCUGGCCUGCCCUACUUGCGCCUCUACCUGAUCAGGGAGAUUCACCGCCGGAACCUGGACGGCGCCGACGUCUACAAGGUCCCAGACCAAGGCAAGAGUGCCGAGGAAUUCAGAAAGGACAUCGCGGCGGUCAAGCUGAAUGGCUUGCAGUUGGGCACUGUCACCCGCGCGCUGAAGGAGGUCUUGGACAACCUGAACGAGAGACCGCUCUACCGGAAGACCAUCUCCGCCCAAGGCUUCGUCGGCGCGCUCGAACAGGCAUUCCAUUCGAGGAUAAGCAGGCAGCAGCAGGAUGCGCAGGAAUUCCUGCAGCUUGUUGCGGAGAGGGUUUGCGAGGAAUAUCAUGCCGGGAAGAAUGCGCGCAGAAAAGCCAGGCGAAGGAACGUUUCUCUGGCUGGAUUGAACCGGUCGCCGGAUGGUCCGAAACACAUCGAGAAUGUAUCGGAUCCCAAAGCGUCCGACCAGCCCGACUAUGACGACGACGACGACGUGUCUGAUGCGGAAGAGCCACAGAACGAGGAAGGGUUUCCUUUUGAGGGUGAAAUGGAGUCCCAAAUCGAAUGUCUGACGUGCCAUUUCAAGCCGAAGCCUACCAAGUCCAACUUCGUUACGCUCACUCUCCAUGUACCCCAGCAAUCUUCUACCACGCUGAACAGCUGCUUCGACGGCAUACUGAAAAUUGAGCACAUUGAUGACUUCAAGUGCGAAUACUGCCGGCUCGAGCACGCUGUGCAGCUCAAGCAGGCCGAUUUGGAGAAAACCAAGGAUGAAAAUGCGCGCUUGCGACUUGAGCAUGACAUUCUCAAGCUUCGCACCGCCAUGCAACAAAAUCCCGAGAAGCCUCCAUCGGACGUUGAGCUCCCGAGUACCAGUCUCGCCCCCCAGCGCCGCAUAGCACGGCAUAUGCGCAUUUCCGCAUUCCCGAAAGUUCUCGCCAUUCAUCUCUCUCGUUCUGUGUACACAGCCGGAAACUAUGGCCACUACUCCACCAAGAACAUGGCCAAGGUUGCUUUCCCCGAGACGCUGCCUCUUGGCGGCAUCUUAGACCAGAAGAAGUACAAUCUUGUCGGUGUUGUGACCCACAAAGGUGGCCAUAAUAGUGGACAUUACGAGAGCUUCCGCCGCCAAGUCAUUAUUCCGCCCUUCUCUACGCCUCACUCUUUCGGCACGGAAGGCGUGUACAGUAUUCAUGGGAGCCCGAAUCCCAGCGCCAUGACGAGCGCUGUGCAGAGUCCCAAGCCUUCAAUUAGAGGCGAUCAGCCCGACCAAUCCCAGGACGAAAUCGAGCAUUUGCCUUCGCCUGUAUAUCCCCCUCCCAGGUCGGCCUCCUCCGGAUCUUCGCGAUCAUCUCGGCGCCAGCGCACACCGGUUACACCAACAGUCCCGACUUCCACUUCCCGCGCCGAGGACGCGCAAUCCACCACGCUGCGCCACCGGACUUCAGGCGAAGUAAAGGCCGCGGGGUCGCCUAUCGCUGAAGCAGUGAACAAGCGUAGGCCGCAUAGGAAACGCGACAACCGCUGGUGGCGCAUCAGCGACGACAAAGUCAAGGAGAGCAAGACUCGCGAGGUUCUGGGGAUGCAGAAAGAAGUUUACAUGCUCUUCUACGAGAUCGCCAGGGAGGAAUAG